AUGGGAAAGUACCAGGCGCAGGAUGUGCAUCCCUGGGGCAGGCUGAGACCUGCGGACUCCAUCGAGCUGGGGGACCUGGUGGUCAGAGUCUAUGGGAAGUCCUAUGGGAAGAAGCUGACCGAGAGGCUGCUGCGAGACAUCAGGACACCAAGCGGUGCCGGUGCCCACUCUGCGAGUGAGAGACAUGGGGAAGUCACUCCCUACAAAAGGCAUUCCAGGAAAGUUGCAGACAGAGAAUGGAAAGUGGAAAAUUCUACCUACAAGGAGAGACCUUACAAAUGUCCCAUUUGUGGGAAAGGAUUCAAUCUGAAAUUAAACCUUAUUCGGCAUCAGAGAAUCCACACAGGAGAGAAACCCUACAAAUGUGGUGAAUGUGGGAAGAGCUUCAGUGACAGCUCCAACCUCGCUCGACAUGAGAGACUCCACCUGGGACUGAAGCCUUACAAGUGUCCUGAGUGUGGGAAGAGCUUCAGUGUGAAAUCAAACCUCAUCCGCCAUCAAAGAAUCCACACAGGAGAGAAACCUUAUGAGUGCCCCAAAUGUGGGAAAAGUUUCAAUGACAGCUCCAACCUCGCUCGCCAUCAGAGAAUCCAUACGGGAGAGAAACCCUAUAAUUGCCCCAAAUGUGGGAAAAGCUUCAGUGACAGGUCCAGCCUUGCUCGACAUGAGAGCCUCCACCUGGGACUGAAGCCUUACAAGUGUCCUGAGUGUGGGAAGAGAUUCAGUGUGAAAUCAAGCCUCAUCCGCCAUCAAAGAAUCCACACUGGAGAGAAACCCUACAAAUGUGGUGAAUGUAAGAAGAGCUUCAAUGAUAGAUCCAACCUUACCCGCCAUCAGAUAAUCCACACAGGAGAAAAGCCCUAUAUAUGCUCCAAAUGUGAGAAAAGCUUCAAUGUUAGGUCCAACCUCACUCGACAUGAAAGCCUCCAUCUGGGACUGAAGCCUUACAAGUGUCUUGAUUGUGAGAGGAGCUUCAGUUUGAUAUCAAACCUCAUCCGCCAUCAAAGAAUCCACACGGGAGAGAAACCCUAUAAUUGCCCUAAAUGUGGGAAAAGCUUCAAUGACAGCUCCAACCUUGCAAAACAUGAGAGAAUCCACAAGAGAGUGAGAUGCAGGAGUGAAGAUGCCACUUCAGACUCCUGGGGAAAGGACAGAUGUGACUUGUGUCGCAGAGAGAAGGGUUUUGCAGAAGUACAACCAGAGAUUUUGCCAGGCCUGGAGGAGAACCAGAAAAUGUACAGGGUUCACUUCCCCCAGGCAGGCUCCUUCAGAUGCUCUGAAACUGAACUGGGGUUUGAGGUGAGGGCAGCUGUGACUGUCAAAUACGAAUAUGAAUCCUGGCGUUGUUAUCAGACAGAACUAGAAAUGCAGCAGUGGAUGGUGGCCGGCCCAUUGUUUAACAUCUGUGCAGAACCGGCCGGGGCUGUGGCAGCUGUGCACCUCCCCCACUUCGUGUGCCUCGCAGGGGGAGAGGCUGACGGCUCCCAGAUGCGAAUCGCCCAUUUCGUUGACGGGAGGAUGACGCUGGAGGAGCCAAUGCAAGUGAUGCCUUUUCAUGCAGUGCUGGAGAACCCCCGUUUCUCUCUUUUCGGAGUUAUUUGGAACCAUUUUAUGCCUAAGCGAGCUCCUCCAGUCCACAGUGUCACACUGCUCUACCGGGCUCUCAGGGCUGAAAAUAUAACUUUCCACCUCUACUUGAUACCUGACAUCUUUGCGUUGAAAAAGGUCAUUGAUGACAAUGAACGAAAAUACAAAUCAAUACGUGUGCGCAAACCUCCUACAACCAAGCCAUUAACCUAUGGCUUCCAUUACGCAGUAUCCAGCACAUCAGAUGUAGAGAUAACACCUGAGGAGCUGGAGUUCCAUUAUGUAGAUCCCCAGGAUGAACACCCAUACGUGGAGAUUUACACCCAGGGCUUGGGGGACAAACUGGAGCUCAGCUUGGUGAAGCAAAGUGAUAGGCAAGUUAUCUGGAAGGCCCUUGUGAGACCAGGUGACAUUGUGCACAGUUCACCAUCAACAGAACGCCACACAGAGCCUUCCCAGACUGGUAGCCAGGACCCGGGC